GACUCGAGUCACUCGUCGUGAGCAACAGCAGCAGCAGCAGCAGGAGGUAAAAGUGUCGACAUGACGGCGACCAAAGACUCGAGGAUAACAGUGACAGAGGUGGAGCGGUUUCUGACGGAACCUCCGGCCGGUUUCUCCGUGGAGGUCCGUGACUCCGAGCGCCGCGUCCACAGCGACCCGGAGCAGAGCCUGGUGCUCAUCGAUGACUUCCACUCCAGCAAGGGGAAAGUAGUUUUCCAGUGCUCGAGGGGAAGGGACGUCAAAAUGCAGAAUCUCUGGGAGUACACCAGCAUGAGAAAGACUCUGCUGUCCAGGAGGAUCUACCUGCUGGUGGCAGCCUGCGAGGAGAACUGUGCACAGACCAACAGAAAGGAGGCCAGUGGAGCCAGAGUGCUGCAGCAGUACGUGGUGUCCAUCAACGGCAGCGAUCCUUUCUUCAAGUGGCAGAUGGAGAGAGGACUGGACUGGACCAUCUCCUCAAUUGUUGGGGAGAGCUACAGGGUGGAUAUUGACUUGACUGAACUGAUGGAGAGCUGGGCAGCAAAAAACACCAACAUCAUAAGCGAGGGAUUAACAAAAACCCGGCCUUUAUGGAGAGACGCCUCCUUCACCCUCAAAUAUUACACCGACGCCCUCUUUGACUUCCCACAUUGGUUUGACUUCAGCAAAAGACAAUUCAAGCUGAGACCGACAUGAGCCAGCCGGAGAGCAGGAUGAGUUUAUCUGCUCAGUUUUUGACGGAGUCCGCGUCCUCAAGAAGGUUUUCUGGACGGACAGUUGAGUGGCUGUGAUGGCAGCCUGCAUGCACGGUGAAGGGCCAGCCUGCCUCUUGGGAUAACAGGAACUACAUUGUAAUUGCUGUUUGGGACCAGCGGUUUCUUUGUUUCUCUGCUCAAGGACAAGGACUGAUGAGGGAAUUUUGAAAGCCAUAAAAAUCCGGGUCUGAAUGGAUUGUGUAUAAAACAUUUGUAAUUCAUUCACAGCUGUUCUGUGAUGGGUUGAAUCUGUGUCAUUUGUAGACUUUUGUACUUUUUUUUACUUUUUUAACAGAAUGUACACACAAUAAAUGCUGUUUUGCAACAAAUAAAA